CGUGCACAGCGCCCCUCUCUCUGCACGGUGCGCCUGCGUGCUGAAACACACACCGACCGACCGAGCGUCCGUCCGCUGCCUGGACCGGCAGGAGGAGAGAGAGAGAGGGUACCGGGGCGACGGUAACGGUAUCUGCGGGCAGUAACGGUACCAGUAACGGUGACGUGAUGUGAUGCGAUGCCGCGCGGGAUCACGGUAACGUAAGAGCAGCAGCAGCAGCAGCAGCGGAGGAGGAGGAGGAGGAGGAGGAGGAGGUCUGUCGAGGCUGAGCCGAGGAGGAUGCAGCAGUGAUCGGUACCGGGAGGAGGGGAACACAUCCGUCCGACCAACGGUGCGACCGUCCGCCGCCCGCCUGCUCCGCGCGCCGGCCUGUCCGGGAGCCUGGACCGUAUCCGAUCUGAUGUAAACCCGCAGGGAUGGACGGGUAGGCAGGGAGGAGGCGCGAGGAGCGGAGCAACCGACGGUACAUAACGGAGGAGAGAGCGCGAGGAGGAGGAGGAGGAGGAGGGAGGAGGGAGGAGGACCAGCGCAAGGAGGAGGGAGGAUGAAUCCGGUGGAUGGAGGAGGAGAAGCGGGCCCGGACGGCCUGGCGACGGCAGGUUCAGGUAAAGCAGAGUGUGUUCGGGCGGUCGACGUCCUGACGGUGCUCAGAGAGAAAGUGGCCUUCGUCUCAGGUGGACGGGACAAACGAGGAGGACCGAUCCUGACCUUCCCCGCCAGGACCAAUCAUGAUCGAAUAAAACAGGAGGACCUCAGCCGACUGGUCACUUACCUGUCGACCAUACCCAGUGAGGACGUGCGAGCUCGUGGCUUCACCGUGGUGGUGGACAUGCGCGGCAGUAAGUGGGACAGUGUGAAGCCGGUGCUGCGAACGCUGCAGGAGUCGUUCUCCUCCAACAUCCACACGGCGCUGCUCAUCAAACCAGACACCUUCUGGCAGAAACACAAGACCAACCUGGGCAGCGCCAAGCUCAGCUUCGAGACCAGCCUGGUGUCGGUGGAGGGUCUGUCCCGGCUCGUCGACCCCUCCCAGCUGACCUCUGACCUGGGCGGCUCACUGGAGUACGACCAUGUGGAGUGGACCGAGCUGCGUCUGGGUCUGGAGGAGUUCUCGGGGGCCGCCACGCAGCUGCUGGCCCAGCUGGAGCAGCUGGAGGCCGGGCUGAACCGCAUACCAGAGCCCCAGGACGUGGACGAGGCCCGAAAACUCCUGGAGGAACAUGGUCGUCUCCGUAACACCAUCGCCACGGCGCCGGUCGAUGCCCUCGACCGAGAGGGGCGGAGCUUGCUCCAGCGUAUGCGCCUGGGCCCCUCACAUGGCGACGCCUCUUCUGAAGGCGCCGGCGGUGGCGGCAGUAGCCACGGCAGCUGGCUGUCGGGCGGGGCGGACUUCCAGAGCGUGGCGCCCAAGGUGUCGUCUCUGCUGGACCGACUGCAGGCGGCUCGCAGCCACCUGCUGCAGAGCUGGAGCGACAGGAAGCUGCACCUGGACCAGGCGCUGCAGCUGCACCUGUUUGAACAGGACGCCACCAAGAUGUCGGAGUGGAUCGCCCACAGUAAAGAGCUGUUCAUGCAGAGUCUGGCGGAGGUCGGACAGAACCACCAGCACGCCCUCGACCUCCAGACACAACACCAGCACUUCACCGCCAACUGCAUGAACGGCAGUGUGAACGUGGACAGCGUGGUUACCGUGGCGGCGAGGCUCGCAGAGGCCGGUCACUAUGGGGCGGAGCGCAUCGCCAAUGUGUCGUCACGGUUACAGGAAGACUGGAAGUCCCUGACGACAGCGCUGGAGGAGCGUAGCAACACGCUCGCCAUGGCAACCGGCUUCCACCAGGGGGCAGAGCAGUUCCUGCUUAAGGUGGAGGGCUGGGUUCAGGUGUGCUCUGAAGGGUCGUUGCCGUCGGCGACAGCAGAUCUGGAAACUGCAAUAAAGAAACAUCAAGAGCUGAAUGAGGAGAUCUCUGCAAACUACACACAGGUCAGUGAGAGCGGCAAAGCCUUAUUGGACGUCCUCCAGCGUUGCCCGGCGACUGACUCUGAUGACUCAGCGACCAAACCAGACUUCACUGCCGCCACGCACGGCAUCAUGGGAGUUCUGCACCAGGUCAUGCAGGGUCAUCAUGAGGUGGAGGGGGCGUGGCAGCACCGUAAGCUCCGCCUCCACCAGCGCCUGCAGCUGUGCGUGUUUCAACAGGAUGUUAGACAGGUGUUGGACUGGGUGGAGCAGCACGGUGAGGUUUUCCUGAACAAACACAGCGGCGUGGGGAAGUCUCUGCACCGAGCCCGAGCUCUGCAGAAACGCCACGACGACUUUCAGCAGGUCGCACAGAACACUUACACUAAUGCAGAGAAGCUUCUGGAAGCAGCAGAUCAGCUGGCUCAGUCUGGAGAGUGUGAGGAGGAGGAGAUCUACCAGGCAGCCAGAGACCUGGAGCUACGCAUGCAGGCGUUUAUCCAGCGUGUUGAACAGAGGAAGCUGCUGCUGGAUCUUGCUGUGUCUUUCUACACACACACUAAGGAGCUCUCAGUCUGGAUGGAGGGCCUCCAGAAGCAGCUGUCCUCAGACCUCUGUGUUUGUCCAGACACAGUCGAGGCUCUGCAGACUCUCAUCAGCCAGCAGCAGCAGCAGCAGGCCAACACCCAGGAAGCUGCGAUGAGUGUCAUCCGGGAAGGAGAAGACCUCAUCCUGCAACUCAGGUACACACCGAGAGCAUGGGUGUGUUUGAUUUAUGCCUCACCGCUGCACGGACAGCCUGGCCCGUUUAAGUUGGGGUGCGUUUGUUUCAGGCCCCAGGGCAGCUCUGUGGCCCAUGUGGAGUCGGUGCUGCAGCAGCUGGAGGAGUCUCAUGUUCAGCUGGAGGAACUUUUCCACCAGAGGAAGAUCCGACUGGAUGUUUACCUGCAGCUCCGCAUACUGCAGCAGUGCACGCUGGAGGUAACUGGGGAAAUGGAUGCCUGGAAACAGGACCUCCAGAAACAGUCCCAGGACUUCUCCAACGAGAAGCUAGCAUCACCGCGGCUAGCCGAUGUAAACCAGGACAAGCUAGCCCAGGACAAGCUAGCACUGGGCCAGUCACGGCUAGUGGAGUCUAGCCCAGAGGCGCUAACGCUAGCUCAGCAGCGCAUCCACAGGCACAUGGAGCGAAGGCUGGCUAUGAACAACAUGAUCUAUGAGGUCAUCCAGCAAGGUCACGACCUUCAGCAGUACAUCACCGAGGUCCAAGCAUCAGGUAUCGAGCUGUCGGAGGCGGAGGGGGGUCUGUCCUCUCAGGUGGAGGAGCUGCAGCGCCUCCUGCAGGACAAACAGAAGGAGCUGCAGCAGAUCGCAGAUCACACACACACACACCUGGAGCAGAACCUGCAGCUGAGACACCUGCAGAGCCAGGUCAAACAGGUGCUGGGCUGGAUCUCAGAGGGCGAGGUCAUGCUGUCGUCCUGCAUGUUGAACUCCAGCUGUUUGUCUGAGGCCGAGCAGCUGCAGAGGGAGCACGAGCGCCUCCAGCAGGCCAUAGAGGCUCUCCUCCACGCUGACUCCCUGCAGAGGACCCAUCAGGUGGCUCUGGCUCUGCAGCAGAGAGCAGAGCUGCUGGUCAGGUCGGGUCACUAUGAUCCAGAUGCAGUGAGGUCUUGCGCCCAGACGGUGGCACUGCACUGGCAGACUCUGAUGCUGAGGAUCGAGGACCGACUCAAGCUGGUCAACGCCUCUGCCGCCUUCUACAGGACGUCCCAGCAGGUGUGUGGGGUCCUGGAGAGUCUGGAGCAGGAGUACCGCCGGGAGGAGGACUGGUGCGGAGGUGGAGACAGACAGCCGGAGCAGCUCCUGCCGCUCAUCAACAAACACAUGGAGCAGAAGGAGGCGUUUCUGAAGGCGUGCACCCUGGCCAGACGAAACGCCGAAGUUUUCCUCAAGUACAUCCACCGCAACAGCGUCACCAUGGCGAACAUCUCUGGCCACAGCGUCACUGUCUCCGGGGUAACCGGGGUUACAGAGGUCACCGGGCACUCCAGGGUACCUGAGCAGCAGGUCAAAGGUAUCCUCAGUGAGUUGCUCCAGAGGGAGAACAGAGUUCUUCAUUUCUGGACUUUGAAGAAACGUCGACUGGAUCAAUGCCAGCAGUACCUGAUGUUCCAGAGCCACGCCCAGCAGGCUCUGGAUUGGCUGCAGCAGUCAGGUGACCAUUACCUGGCCACACACACGUCGCCGGGGGCAAAUAUGGCUGAGACGCAAGAACUGUUGAACCAACACAGGGAGUUCUGUUAUUUCUCUCAGCACACACAGGAGAAGGUUCACCUGCUGAUCCAGCUCGCUGAGAGCAUGUUGGCCAAAGGCCACGCCCACCGCACCGAGCUCCGCCGCUGCGUUUCCACCGUGGACAAACGUUACCGCGACUUCACCGUCAGGAUGGGACAGUACCGCCACCUGCUGGAGACGGCGCUGGGCGGCUGCUCACAGGACAAUAAGGACUUGGAGCUGGAGCUGAUCCCCAACAGUCUGUCCGACUCCGACCCUGAGGUCAACCUGUCCGACCCCAGCCACCAGGUCAGCGACGAGAAGAGACGCUCCGCCCGCAAGAAAGAGUACAUCAUGGCUGAGCUCCUUCAAACAGAAAGAGUCUAUGUCAGAGAUCUGCAGGAGUGUAUUGAGACGUACCUGUGGGAGAUGACGAGCGGCUCAGAGGACGUCCCUCCAGGUCUCGCCAACAAGGACGACAUUGUGUUCGGAAACAUCCAGGACAUCUACGAGUUCCACAACAGUAUUUUCCUGAAGGAGCUGGAAAACUACGAGCAGCUUCCUGAAGACGUUGGACACUGCUUCGUUACCUGGGCUGAUAAGUUCCACAUGUAUGUGACGUACUGCAGAAACAAACCAGACUCCAGUUUACUGAUCCAACAACACGGCGUGGGAUUCUUCGAGGAGGUCCAGAGGCGACAUGGUCUUGCUAACUCCAUCUCCUCAGCUCUCAUCAAACCCGUUCAGAGGAUCACCAAAUACCAGCUGCUGCUCAAGGAGUUGUUAGCGUGCUGCGAGGAGGGGAAAGGCGAGUUAAAAGAAGGCCUGGACGUGAUGCUGAGCGUCCCAAAGAGAGCUAACGAUGCUAUGCAUGUUAGCAUGUUGGAAGGUCUGGAGGAGGGUCUGGAGGUUCAGGGCGAGCUCCUCCUCCAGGACUCCUUCCUGGUUUGGGAGCCGAAGUCUCUGAUCAGGAAGGGGCGUGACCGGCACCUCUUCCUGUUCGAGCUGUCACUCAUCUUCAGCAAGGAGAUCAAGGACUCGUCCGGACGAACCAAAUACCUCUACAAGAGCAGACUGAGGACGUCAGAGCUCGGAGUGACGGAGCACAUCGAGGGGGAUCCCUGUAAGUUUGCUCUGUGGGUCGGACGAACACCGACGUCUGACAACAAGACAGUGCUCAAGGCGUCGUCGCUGGAGCUGAAGCAGGAGUGGGUCCGCAGCAUUCGGCAGGUGAUCCAGGAGAGGCGGGGUCACCUGCGGGGGGCGCUGAGGGAGCCAAUCCCCCUCCCAAAGACUCCCAACCCCACCCUGGGGCGACAGCGCAGCAUCAGCCGCAGGGAGACCAGUGAGGAUGCAGACAGUCUGGGUGAUGCCAGCAGUCAGCCUGACACCGUCUCCAUCGCCUCCCGAACAUCGCAGAACACCGCCGACAGCGACAAGCUGUCAGGAGGCUGUGAGUUAGUGGUGGUGUUGUUGGAUUUCUCCUCCGGGGGACCAGGAGAGCUCAGCGUUCGCUGUGGUCAGACCGUGGAGCUGGUGGAGCGUUCAGCCGAAAGACCCGGGUGGUGUCUGGUCAGGACGACAGAUCAAACACCCCAGCAGGAGGGUUUACUGCCGAUGAGCGCCCUCUGUCUGUCACACUCCCACAGUGCAGCCGACAUGGAGGGGCUCAUCCCGGCGUCCACCACCUCCUCCAGCACCUCCUCUACCUGCACCACCACUUCUUCCUCCUGCAACUCCUCUACCACCACCACCUCCUCCAACUCCUCCUCUACUGUGAGCGCUGGGAAAGACUCCAGUCUCUACAGCUCUGAGGGUUCAGGGCUUCACACUCAGACGACCAGUGCCACCUCCCCUACAGUGUAUGGAGUGGGUGGGGGUCCAGGGGGCGCCGUCGGGUCUCCAGGGCCCAAACGCAGCGGCUCUGGAACUGGAAACACCCUGAAGCGUUGGUUGACCAGUCCUGUUCGGAGGCUGAGUCAAGGUAAAGCUGACGGACAGAAGAAACCGCCAAUCAGAACCAGGAGGCGGGACAACCGUCCGGAGCUGACCACGCCCCUCACUGGCAACGCUCAGACGAAAGCAAGGAAGGAGGAGGCGGGGCAAAGUGGAGGGGAGGAGGAGCCAGAGGAGGAAAGCCACACCCCUCUACCACCUCCAAUGCAGAUCAUCAAAGACCCCAACAACCCCGAGGCUUUGGAUUCAGAUCAGGGCUCCAACGAAUCAGACACCGAACAGAGAAACAAAGCAUUGAGAGGACGCAUGUUUGUGGUUAACGAGAUGGUCCAAUCAGAGAAGGACUAUGUGAAGGACCUGGGUGUGAUCGUAGAGGGCUUCAUGUCCAGGCUGGAGGUCAGAGGGAUUCCCGAGGACAUGAGAGGAAAAGACAAAAUCGUCUUCGGUAACAUCCAGCAGAUCUAUGACUGGCACCGCGAUUUCUUCCUGGUGGAGUUGGAGCGUUGUAUUCAGAAUCACGACCUACUAGCCGACCUCUUCAUCAGACACGAGCGACGCCUCCACAUGUACGUGGUUUACUGUCAGAACAAGCCGAGGUCUGAGUUCAUCGUCAUCGAGUACGAGACGUUCUUCGAGGAAAUCCAGCAUGAGAUCAGCUGCAGGAUGUCAAUCAGUGAUUAUCUGAUCAAACCCAUCCAGAGAAUCACUAAGUACCAGCUGCUGCUAAAGGAUUUUCUCAAGUAUACGUCCAAAGCAGGACUGGACUGUGAGGAGAUCGAGAAAGCGGUGGAGCUGAUGUCAUUAGUUCCAAAGCGCUGUAACGACAUGAUGAACCUGGGACGCCUGCAGGGAUACGAGGGGAAGUUGACGUCUCAGGGGAAGCUGCUGCAGCAGGAGACCUUCUGUGUUUGGGAGCAGGACGGAGGAGUUUUGUCUCGCAGUAAAGAGCGUCGAGUUUUCCUUUUUGAGCAGAUCGUCAUCUUCAGCGAACUGCUGCGCAAAGGCUCCAACAACCCGGGAUACCAGUUCAAGAACAGCAUCAAGGUGAGUUACCUGGCGAUGCAGGACAGUGUGGACGGUGAUCCCUGUAAGUUUGUGUUGUGGUCUCGCGGCUCAGCGGAGCGCUUCACGCUGCAGGCGUCCUCCGCCAGCAUCAAGAUGACCUGGGUGGAAACCAUCGCCGCCCUGCUGGAUGCCCAGAACAACUUCCUGUCAGCUCUCCAGUCCCCCAUCGAGUACCAGAGGAAGGAAGGUGGGAUCUCUGUGACCCGCCCACUGUCAUCAGGGCGACCGCCGUCAGCCCCGCCCACACCAAACGGCCACGCCCCUCAGCCUCAGCCUGACGGCGAGCAGGACGAUCAGGAGCUGGUUCUGGUGCUGCAGGACUUUGUGGCAGUGCGGGAGGACGAGAUCUCCGUGUUCCGGGGGGAGAGGGUUCAGAUUCUGGCGUCCAACCAGCAGGGUCAGAGUCUGGUUUACCGGCCGGCCAACAGCGACUCGCCGGCCGCCGAGGGCUGGGUGCCACGCAGCAUCCUCAACACACACUGACACACACACAGACACAAAUACACAAACAAACACACACUGACAGCAGGGUCAGAGUCUGGUUUACUACUAGUACAUACAUGUACACAUUGACAUGCACUUAAAAUACUGCAAGCCAACGGGGCCAGAGGCAUGUCCGGAAAGGUGGAGCCUAAAGACGGCGGCGUCAGGUCGCUACGGUCCUGACCUGAUCUUUACUGUAGCACCACCAUCUUUCUUUUGACCGCUAUUAAACUUCACAAUAAUAACUCCAGAUAGGUAAAACAGGAAUCAUUUUUACUGGUUUUAACUCCUUUCACUGAUGAUUUAAGUCCUCAACAGUUGAAAACAUAGAUCAGAAGUUACAAUUAUAUUUGCUUUUUGGAUAAAAUGUCAGAAAAUGAUCAAAAUUAAGCAGCAGAAACCUAAAUAUAUUGAGUUAAUUAUCAUAUGAAAAAAAGAAAACUGUGCUGUUACAACUAGGGAAUGGUCAACAUCUGUCCUUGUAACAUUACAUAAACGAUUAAUCGAUUUAUUAUCCUGUUGAUAAAAUCAUCUAAUCUAAGAAAUAUUGAGAAUUAUCACUGAAAACUUCUGGCAUGGAGACAUGACGUUUUUUAGUUUGUUCAUGAAAUACUGCCAUCUACAGGCGGGCGUGGUACAUGGUGUAUUAAAUUAGCAAAAUAAAAAUCGCCCCAAUAAUUUCACAGUGGCCUCAGAUUGUUUUGUCAGAGGUAAAAACGAUCCAGCAUUUUAUAGGUUGAAGAAAAUAUUAGAAAUAAAAAUAAUUAAACUUCCUGUAGAAGACGAUGUUCAGCUGUACUGUGACCCUUCAGAUUGACCUAGCGACUCCUCAGUGGGUUCCCAACCCUCAUGUUGGGAACUAAACAGACGGAUGUCUCCAUCUUCAGGCUCCACUUUCUAGCUGUGCAUGUUUCCUGACACACUUUACGCCCUGAUUACUUGGCAGUGUUAAACACCACACACACACACACACACACACACUCCCAGCAGCAGGUACUGUUAGUCUCCUCCCUCCCUCCUGGUGCUUCAACAUUCAGCCAAAAACGCACCUCCUCCUUCCUCCACCCUCACCUCAUCCAAUCAGACACCGCCGCCGUCCGGUCUGGUCGUCCUCUCCAAGUUUACUGCCCCCGAGCGAACCGAUCGCACCUGACGACAUCACAAACUGUUUCCUGUGGGACAGCAGGAGGAGGGGUAGGGGGGAUCACAUGGUCACACCAUCAUCAUCAUCAUCACCCAUAGCAACAGCAACAACAGACUGGGACUCCAGGAAGCUGCCGUUGCCUAGCAACCAGAGACAAUUAAAAAAAAAAAAAGGCCUCCUGGAGGAGAAGAGGUGAAAUAGACCCGUCAGCCAAUCAGAACUGAGCUCUCUCUCUCUGCGUGUCAUCCUGUGAAUAGUGUGUAUAAACAGACUAAGGACACAGACACACACACACACACACUCCAUACACACACCACUGCUACGAUGAAGAUGACGAAGAUGAAGAUUACUAUGAUGAUUAUGAUAAUUAAGAAUAAUAGAAUCUGUUUUUCACCUCAAAAGAGAAAAAAAAAACGAGAGAAACUGUUUGUCAUAUAAAUGUUUGUGAGUGUGUGUGUGUGAAUGAGAGAGAGCGUGUGUGUGUUUGCGUGUGUGUGUGUUAGUGACACUGUCCUGUGUGUGUGUGUGUGUUUUUCCACGGACAGUUAGGUGGUGUCCCGGUGUAGCGUUGCCAUGACAAAUUGUUGUGUUUGCGGUGACACCCGUUUUUUUUUUUUUUCGUCUUUUUAGCGAACCAGAGCUGUCGUCGUCCCCUCCGCCCCCUUCCUCUCCCCUCCCCUCCACUGUUACCAUAGCAACCGGCAGUGGAGCCAACAUGGAGGCACGUGCGUUCAGCUCUGGUUAGUUUGGAUAUUCUGAUUAUGCAUUUCUUGUUUCUGUAAAUAGACCAGACCUCCUGAACUGCUACUCCACUAAACUCCGGACACUGAA